AUGGAUGGUCGCCAACAACAACCACAACAAUCACAACAACAUCCACAAUCACAACAACACCAAGGCAAGGAAAUAAUUAUUCCAAGCUCUACAUCUCUGGAAUCAACAAGUAAAUUAUUUGUUGGUGGUCUGUCCAAAACUACAACAUCAGAUACACUCAAGAGUUACUUUGGUCAAUUUGGUGAGGUGAGGGAUGCCACUAUCAUUGAGAGCAAUGAGAAGAGCCAACGUAGCCGUGGUUUUGGCUUUGUAACAUUUGUAUAUAGAGAAACGGUUGACUUGUUGCUCCAACGUCCUUGUAAUCAUGUAAUUGAUGACAAGAAUGUCGAAGUUAGACUUGCCAUGCCAAAGUCAGAGUCUACUACCACAACACCAUAUGAUCCAUCUUCUUCAUCAACAUCGUCGUCCAAGAAGGUACAAGCUGGAGAAAAGUUAUUCAUUGGUAACUUGCCUAGAGACAUCACCGAGGACAUGUUGGUCCAGUACUUCCGCAACUAUGGAGAGUUGGCAAAUUGUAAGAUUAUAGUAGAGGAGUCAAAGAAGACCUUUGGCUUCGUAUCAUUCAAGGAUUCAAGAAACAAUCCUCGUGUCCUGAGCAUGCCACAUCACCUCAUCAAUGGAAAGAAGAUUGGCCAAGAACAAACAAUCACCAAGUCCUCAGGAUGUCUGUGA